AUGCCCUCCUGGGCCCUCUUCAUGGUCACCUCCUGUCUCCUCCUGGCCCCCCAAAACCUGGCCCAAGUCACCAGUCAAGAUGUCGCUUUGCUGGCCUCAGACACAGAGCUUCUGAACUGUUUCUCCCAAACAUUUGAGGACCUCACCUGCUACUGGGAUGAGGAAGAGGCAGCACCCAGUGGGACAUACCAACUGCUGUACGCCUACCCAGGGGAGAAGCCCCGAGCCUGCCCCCUGAGUUCCCAGAGUGUGCCCCCCUUUGGAACCCGGUAUGUGUGCCAGUUUCCAGCCCAGGAUGAAGUACGCCUCUUUUCUCUGCUGCACCUCUGGGUGAAGAAUGUGUUACUGAACCAGAAUCUGACCCAGCGGGUGCUCUCUGUGGAAAAUGUGGGCCUGCCAGCUCCCCCCAGUGUCAUCAAGGCCAUGGGCGGGAGCCAGCCAGGGGAACUUCAGAUCAGCUGGGAGGCCCCAGCUCCUGAAAUCAAUGAUUUCCUGAGAUAUGAGCUCCGCUAUGGCCCCAAGGAUCCCAGGAACUCCACUGGUUCCAGAGUCAUACAGCUGCUCUCCACAGAAACCUGUUGCCCAGCUCUGCAGAGACCAAACCCAGCACCAGCUCUGGAACAGCCUCCAUGUGCUUGGCCCACAAUGCCCCAACAGGAUGGAUCAGAGCAGACCUCCCCAACUAGAGAAGCUCCAUCUCUGACAAUGAAGGGUGGAAGCUGCCUCAUCUCAGGGCUCCAGCCUGGUAACUCCUACUGGCUCCAGCUGCGCAGCCAGCCUGAUGGGGUCUCCCUCCGUGGCUCUUGGGGAUCCUGGUCCUUUCCUGUGACUGUGGACCUGCCUAAGGAUGCAGUGGAAAUUGGACUCCGAUGCUUCACAUUGGACCUGAAGAAUGUUACUUGUCAGUGGCAGCAACAGGACUAUGCUAGCUCCCAAGGCUUCUUCCACCACAGCAGGGCUCGAUGCUGCCCCAGCGACAGGGACCCCAUCUGGGAGAAGUGUGAAGAGGAGAAAACAAAUCCAGGAUCGCAGCCUCCCCAGUUCUCCAGCUGCCACUUCAAGUCACAAAAUGGCAGUGUUAUUCACAUCCUUGUGGAGGUGACCACAGCCCAGGGUGCUGUUCAUAGCUACCUGGGCUCCCCUUUCCGGAUCCACCAGGCUGUGCUCAUCCCCACCCCAAACUUGCACUGGAGGGAGGUCUCCAGUGGGCAUCUGGAACUGGAGUGGCAGCACCCUUCAUCCUGGGCAGCCCAAGAGACCUGCUAUCAGCUCCGAUACACUGGAGAAAGCCAUCAGGACUGGAAGGUACUGGAAUCCCCUCUCGGGGCCCGGGGAGAAACCUUGGAGCUACGCCCGCGAUCUCGCUACCGGUUACAGCUGCGCGCCAGGCUCAACGGCCCCACCUACCAAGGCCCCUGGAGCUCCUGGACCGAGCCUGUGACAGUGGAGACUGCCUCCGAGACCGCCUGGAUCUCCUUGGUGACAGCUCUGCUCCUGGUGCUCGGCCUCAGCGCUCUCCUAGGCCUGCUUCUGCUGAGGUGGCAGUUUCCUGCGCAUUACAGGAGCCUGAGGCAUGCCCUGUGGCCCUCACUUCCAGACCUGCACCGAGUCCUAGGCCAGUACCUUAGGGAGACUGCAGCCCUGAGUCCACCCAAGGCUGAAGUCUCAGAUGCCUAUGAAGAAGUGGAACCCAGCCUCCUUGAAAUUCUACCUAAGCCUUCGGAGAGGACUCCCUUGCCACUGUGUUCCUCCCAGGCCCAGAUGGACUACCGAGGGCUGCAGCCUUCUUGUCUGGGCACCAUUCCCCUGUUUGUGUCCCCACCCAUGGCUGAGUCGGGGUCUUGCUGUACCACACACAUUGCCAAUCAUUCCUACUUACCACUAAGCUGUUGGCAGCAGCCCUGA